CGUCCAAGAAAGAGCACUGUAGUUGGCGCCAAAUUUGGUAAAAUUCAAUCAAAACGCGCCAUUGUAGUUUUCUACAGAUACUGUACCUGAAAGUACGUGAGGCAAGCUAUAUAUACAAGCAUAGAUGUAACUGAUGUCUUAUCGAACAGAAAAAUCGGGGUUUGAAGCAGGAGAAGUUUCUUUCAGGGUUUAAUAUUCAGGGUUAGGGUUUUGAGAGACAGCGUUAGGGUUUUGAGAUAGAGGAUUGGACGAUGCAGGUUCCUAAAGUAGGAGUUGCAGUGUUUGUGGUGAGGGGAGAGAGCGUGCUCGUGGGGCGCCGACGCUCCUCCAUCGGCCAUGCCACCUUUGCGCUUCCCGGUGGCCAUCUCGAAUUCGGGGAAAGUUGGGAAGAGUGUGCAGCCCGCGAGGUGUUGGAGGAAACAGGGAUGUCCAUCCAUAACAUCGAGUUUGCAACAGUUACAAAUAACGUAAUGGUAAAAGAAGAACUCAGGCCUUCUCAUUAUGUUAUCAUUUUUAUGCGGGCUGAGUUGAGCGAUUUAAGCCAACACCCACAAACUCUAGAGCCUGACAAGUGCGAUGGGUGGGAGUGGGUGGAAUGGGGAAGUUUACCCACUCCUAUGUUUAAGCCUCUCCAGGCUUUGGUUGACACUGGAUUUUCUCCCUUUAAAAUUCAGUCAUAGGCAUAUGCCCUGGCUUUCCUUUUUUGUAAUGCUUCCUCAGUUGAAAAUUUGCAUUCUUAAGGGGAAUUUUAUGCAGUUAGUUUAGGCUUUACCAUGUAAGGCUGUCUACGGCACUUUUUAAUGUUGAUAUUGUUCAAUAGAAUUUGAUGGGUGUGUUUCAAUCACCAUUUUCAAAACCCACAUGUAGUUGAACUGUGAAGUAGGCUAUUAUGGCCUAUUCCCUGUGCAAUGUUUUUGUCAUAAUGAAAUUUUAUUGUGCUCCAACCUUAA